UUAGGUUACCAUUUUUGAUGGCCACGGUUGGUCACAGUGAACGGUUUUUCGCGACUUUCUCCGGGCUCCGAGCGCGCGUUGGAUUCUAGUGCCACAGCGACUCUGGCCUAGUGGUGCGCCUAUUCGGUUAUUGGUUAUCUCCUAGUGGUGAUUUCCGAAAGCGCUCGAAUCCGCAGGGACUUGGCCCGGACAACGUGACCCGAAGACAGCUCACGUUACUGGCGUCCAGUGCGGAAACACGACGACACGUUUUCGGAGUGGUUAAUUUUGAGACUGACGGAAAACCUUUGCUGAGGAUCAACUGUUGGAACAACUGUUACAAUGGCCAAUGAAAAGAAAGAUCCCGGAGGGUUCGGACUCCAGAUUGAGUCCCCAUCCCCGGUGCCCUCGAACUCGAUCCUGAACAUGACCCUCAGCAGCAUUACCCUGCCAGUUCCGCUGACUAUGGAGGAGAAAAAGUACCUUCUGGCGGUGGAACGUGGUGAUCUUGGAACUGUUAAAAGAAUCUUACAACGCGCCCACCGAAAGCGUCACAUCAACGUGAAUUGUGUCGAUUCGCUUGGUCGUGGAGCUCUCACGUUGGCGAUCGAUGGUGAAAAUCUGGAAAUGGUCGAACUGCUGAUCAUUAUGCAGGUCGAAACGAAAGAUGCCCUCCUGUUGGCCAUCAAUGCCGAGUUUGUCGAAGCUGUGGAACUGCUGCUGGAACACGAGGAACUGAUCCACAAGGAUGGGGAUCUUUAUAGCUGGCAAAAGGUUGACCUCAACACGGCCAUGUUUACCCCCGACGUGACACCUCUGAUGCUGGCGGCUCACAAAAACAACUACGAAAUCCUGAAAAUCCUCCUCGAUCGUGGUGCCACCCUGCCCAUGCCUCACGACGUGAAAUGUGGUUGUGAGGAGUGCAUCCGAAGAUCGUCCGAAGAUUCCCUCAGGCACUCGUUGGCUCGCGUCAACGAAUAUCGAGCCUUGGCCAGCCCCUCGUUGAUCGCUCUCAGUUCCCAAGAUCCUCUGCUAACAGCUUUCCAACUGUCCUGGGAGUUGCGUAACCUGGCCUUUGCAGAACAAGAGUGCAAAUCGGAAUAUCUAGAACUAAGGCGUCAGUGUCAAACAUUUGCCGUCGAUCUACUGGAUCAAUCAAGAAGCUCCCAAGAACUAGCCAUCAUCCUGAACUACGAUCCUGAAUCUCCACCCUACAUGGAUGGAGAUCACAUGAAACUGACCCGCUUGGAACUGGCCAUCGACUACAAGCAGAAGAAGUUCGUCGCUCACCCCAACAUUCAACAACUCUUAGCGGCCAUGUGGUACGAAGGUGUCCCCGGUUUCCGGCGAAAGUCCGCCAUGGAAAAGAUCGCGAUCAUUACAAAAGUGGCAGUCCUAUUCCCGUUCUACUGUAUGCUCUACAUGAUGGCACCGAACUGUGAAACCUCAAAAUUCAUGCGAAAACCAUUCAUGAAAUUCUUGAUCCACGCUUCGUCUUAUCUGUUCUUCCUGUUUCUCCUGAUUCUGGUAUCUCAACGAGCGGAAGUCCAGGUAGUGUUACUCUUCGGAACGGACACUAUGAAAAGAGCGUUGCAGGAAGAGUUGGCCCGUCAGCGAGGCAAUGGGCCAACCUAUCUCGAGUGCCUCGUGGUAAUCUACGUGAUCGGCUUCAUCUGGGAGGAAACACAGGAAAUUUUCGGUGAAGGACUUCGAAGUUACCUCCGCAACAUGUGGAACUUCAUAGACUUCUCCCGAAACACCCUAUACGUUUUCGUCGUGCUACUUCGGCUCAUCGCUUACAUUCAACAAACUUCAGAGAUAAGCAAGGACCCGAGCACAGCUUACAUCGCUCGCGAACAUUGGGAUGAUUUCGAUCCGCAGCUCAUUGCGGAAGGUUUGUUCGCGGCGGCUAACAUCUUCUCGGCGCUGAAGUUGGUCCACCUGUUUUCGAUUAAUCCACACCUGGGACCGUUGCAGAUAUCCCUAGGCCGUAUGGUUAUCGAUAUCGUCAAGUUCUUCUUUAUCUACUCGCUGGUGCUGUUUGCGUUUGCUUGCGGUUUGAACCAACUGCUGUGGUACUUCGCGGAUUUGGAAAAGGCCAAGUGUUACAGCCUGAAGGGAGGACUACCGGAUUGGGACAAUCAGGGCGAUGCUUGCAUGAAAUGGAGACGCUUCGGAAACCUAUUCGAAUCGUCACAGUCACUGUUUUGGGCCAGUUUCGGUAUGGUGGGGCUGGAGAGUUUCGAGCUGCAGGGCAUCAAGUCGUAUACUAGGUUCUGGGGCUUGCUUAUGUUCGGCUCAUACAGCGUGAUCAACGUUAUUGUCCUACUGAAUCUCCUUAUCGCUAUGAUGUCCAACUCGUACGCGAUGAUUGAUGAACACUCGGACACGGAGUGGAAAUUUGCUAGGACACGGUUGUGGAUGAGCUACUUCGAGGAAAGUUCGACACUUCCGCCACCGUUUAAUAUUUUCCCCAAUAUGAAGCAUCUGAUGAGGCUUUUCGGCACCAAGAAGAAGCGGAACAUUCAACGAGAGUCGACUAUUCGACGCAAAGAAGAUAAGGAACGUGCCGAGCGUUACACGAAUGUUAUGCGUGCUCUGGUGUGGCGUUAUGUUUCGGCUAUGCAUCGAAAAAUGGAAGAUGAAGCCGUUACCGAGGAUGACAUCAAUGAGGUCAAGGGAGAUAUUUCGGCGCUGCGCUACGAACUGCUGGAAGUUUUCGAGAAGAAUGGCAUGGAUGUAUCGGCAGCCGAUCGCAAAGAGAAAGCUGUUCUCGCCAAGCGAAUGAAGGUCUGGGAGCGUCGCCUGAUGAAGGACUUCCAAGUGGCUCCGAUUGACGUUCAGAAUGAGGGUUACGACGAGGACGAAGAGGAACCUGUGGAAGAUGCCAACCCGCUGGCCAAGUUCCGUCGAGUAGCAAAGAAGGUAGCCAAUCAAACAACUUCGGCUAAAUGGGGUCAGGUUAUGUCCGGAGUUGGAAUAGAAACCAAUUCGCAAAUUGGCCGUUGCAAGAAUCGAGAUAGCUUCCGGCAGCAGCAGCAUCUGCAAAAAGCCAUGAAUGAAGCCCGGCGUUUGGUAGAACGUAGUCCAUUGCCACGUUCUAGAAGCGUAUCUCCGUCGAUUGACGGCUAUGCUGAUGAAACUACCAACACUUUGAUGCAGCUGAUUGCCGAACUUGCGGAAGAAACUGGACAUGUUUCUCCAGGAAAUACUCUACAUGCUGGGAACAGCAGUAACAGAUCAGUUACUCCACUGAACAUGUUAACGGCUCAGCUGCAGGCUGUUCUGAGCAAGACACCCUCUCCGAUGAUGAUGAAGGCUAACAAAGGAGACAGUGGUGCCAAAUCUCCCGGCAAUGUAAGUCGUGCUCGCUCUCCAGCUCCACGUCUAGAAAAUAAGACCCCAUUGGCUUCGAUCGUGGGCAGUACAUCAGCCUCACCAGAACCGCAAGUCGAGAGAAAGAUAAACCUGGAAGUCAGAUCACCACCGACAGUUAAAUCUCCACCGCCAGCUAAAGCUCCACCUUCACCAAUUCAAUCUCCACCACCUUCAAUCCGGAUUACCAACACUGCUUGUCCCUUGAUCAAAAAGUCAGAAUCUAAAGACAGCCUCCAAGAUUCACUUCCAACGGUUGAAAUCAAACCGGCCACUCCAGCUCAUUCCAAACCAGAAUCCGAAGAUCCUCCUCCACCACUUCCAACAUCACCACCUCCAGAGACCGUCGUCCACGCCGACGAUCCAUCGCCACUAGUAUCCGGAGUCAACUCUCCACCAAAGAUAGUAAAACGCAAAGCUCCUGCCCCAGGAGCUCCUUCAGAUGCUACGGCAGCUGACAUUUCUGUAUCUCGACCGGUGGCGAGCAAACCGCAACCCGGUCAAGGAAUGCUCCCUCCCCCACCCUCUAAAGAAUCUGCCCUCAUUAUCCCAACUGUUUCAACAACCCCAGCCACACCCCUGCCGGUUCACAAAGAACUAGGAGCCACACCCAAAAUACCACCAAAACCAAUAGCCCCAGUAGCUUCUCCCCCACCGCCCGAAGUUCACAUCGAACUGAUGGCGGCCGAGGAGCGACCCAGCUCGGACGUAACAUCCAGCACCGAACAGCUGGUCGUUUCCGGUGCCAACUCGGACCCCUCGAUAGAUGCUGCACGUGCUGCAGCCUCGCCGCCACCCUGUCUGCGUCCCAUCAACAAGAUACAGGACGUCAAGACCAUCAAACGGCAACCCAAGACGGGAUGGCUGUAAGAUUAUUAGGGUCGGAAAAGUGAAUUUCCUAACGUAGAUAUUUUGAAAGUCUGAACGGCGAUCUCCUAUGGUUAUCGAGAGAAGAAGAAAAACGAAAAAAAAACAUGUAACAUGCUGUGUAUUUCAGUUGAUAGGUAUCAUCAAUCACUUAUGAAGUAACAUUUUUCAGCAGAACAAGAAAUAAAACACAAUACUGAGAGAUGA